UUAUCUUCUUUUCAUUUUUCAAAUUUUUUCUCAGCAACCAAACGCCAGGGGUCUCAAAAUGUUGGGAACUUUUCUUACAAGAUCACUUCUGAUUGUUUUCGGCUAUGCUUAUCCAGCAUAUGAAUGCUUUAAAACAGUGGAGAAGAAGAAGCCAAAGAUUGAGCAACUCCUGUUUUGGUGCCAAUACUGGAUUUUAGUUGCAGUGAUUACAGUUUGCGAGAGAGUGGUGGAUAAUCUUUUUUCAUGGCUACCAUUAUAUGGUGAAGCUAAGAUCGCAUUGUUUAUAUAUCUUUGGUAUCCUAGCACAAAAGGAUCAGUAUAUGUUUAUAAAACAUUCUUUCGGCCUUAUGUAGCGAGUCAUGAAAGGGAAAUUGAUCAUAAUUUAUUGGAGGUGAAGAAUAGGGUUCGGGAGCUUAGAGUUCUGCUAUGGCACAAGGCUGGAAGUUAUGGCCAGAUAAGGUUCUUCGAUAUUUUGCGUUGUGGAUAAGAACUUGCUGUUGAAUCAAAAAUUCAACUUGCUAUUUGUCGGAGUGCUUAGAUGUAUAACAUUGCUGAAUCAUAAUGAGAGUCAGACUUGGACAAUGCAACCAUUGUUAAAGUGUUAAACUAGUGUGCUAUAAUUUACUUUGA